AUGUUCAGACAUAGGGAUUUAAACACAUUUUUAUCCAAUUACUAGUAGUUGGAUAGACAAACCAAGAAACCCUUCGAAUAUUUGAAUCUGUCGUAUCAUCAAUAAUUUGAUCAUUCCCCUAUCAAAAAGCAAUCAUACACUUCAAAAAACAAUGAAAUAUAAUACAAGAGUCUUCAAGAACCUUCCUUCUUAAGACAAAGCCUAUUGCCUAAUUAUGAGCCAACAAAGUGUUCCAGUCAAAGAAAUGGAAUUAUCAAAGCUUAUGCUGCAAACACGAAUUAAGGGAUAGUUAGAGAUUAUAAUGAAGAUAGAGUCUCCAUUAUAUUAAAUAUUCUCAAACCUUAAAGUAGAAGCACAGAAUAAUGGCCAAAAUGCUCCUUUUUUGGAGUCUACGAUGGACAUGGUGGAGCUGCAUGUGCUGAUUUCCUAAGAGAUAAUUUGCAUUAAUUUGUAGUUAAAGAACCUGAUUUCCCUUGGAAUCCAGUUGGUGCUAUUAAAAAAGGAUUUGAAGCAGCAGAAAAGUCUUUUUUAUAAAUUGCUUAAGAAUCCUAUAACAAGGGAGUACCUGAAAGAAGUGGAUCUUGUGCUAUUGUGGUAUUAGUAAUUGGAGAUACUUGUUAUGUGGCAAAUGUUGGAGAUAGUAGAGCUGUGUUAAGUACUGCAUCUGGUAGGAAAGCUGUUGCAUUAUCACAUGAUCAUAAACCUGAAUUGGAAUAAGAAAGAAUUGUGAAAGGUGGAGGAUCCAUUUUAGGACCAGUAAGAGUUAAUCCAGGUAGGUUGUCAGUUUCAAGGACAUUUGGAGAUAUCGAAGCCAAAUUUGAGAAGUUUGGUGGAAAUCCAAAAGUUGUUAUCGCUGAACCUGAAAUCAAGUAAUUUAAAAUAACAAAUGAACACGAUUUUAUUGUUUUAGGAAGUGAUGGUAUUUUCGAUAAACUAAGUUCUACUGAUGUUCUGAAUAUCGUUUGGAAAGAUAUCUUAAACUGUUAGGCAGGCAACAAUUUACACAGUGUAUUAUCCACAUCAGUGGAGUCAGUGCUUAAGGAAAGCAUAUAAAGAAAGAGUUCAGACAAUGUGACUCUGCUGAUUGUAGCUUUUUCAGUCUCAUCUUUAAAAGAAGAAGAACUUAGGAUCAAAACAUCAUCUUCAAUUGAAAAACUGGUAAAAGUGCCUUUAACAAACAACAUACCAAGUACAAGGAUGAGUUAUUCCAAAAAAACCAAUGAUGAAAACAACCCUUUCUUUAUUAACACAUAAAGGAUGAACCCACUUCAAAAGUAACAAUUAGAAGAAACAACCAGAUACAAACCUAGUUAUAUUAAUUGA